CAGUGACUGUAGCGCCCGCCGACACAGCCUAAACACUUCGCCUGCACGCUGCAUAUCCGAAGCGAACUACUGUUCUGCUUCAGCCGCGAACCGGGCACGUCGUGAGGGCGGGCUCGCCUGCCGUAGCUAAAAGGUCCCGCUUCGACUGGCUGCUCUCAUUGCAGUCCAGUCUGCCGAGCGGAGCGGACUGACUGAGGGACAAGCCCCGUCUCCAUUCAAGGAUUUUACUAAGUACACUUCGUCCUACAGCAGAGGACCGACAGGAAUCGCACCUCGCCUUCUGUGGACAAUGUUUCUCUUGCAGUACACAGAGCUUGGCCAGGGUGACAUCGCUGUGGUGGUCAAAGAUACUGAGAUUUGGGAUCCGUCCAGAUGUCUAAUGGCAGAUGAUAUCAUGACCUGGAAGUCCUGGAGCAGAUGACUCAACGCUCUGCCCUUUGAUCCAGCAACCAACAACGACCCUCUACAAUUCAGCAGUUCCAGUGGGCCGCUGGUGACAGAGUGUCCUCCUCUGGAAAACACUGCUGAGAAUACCAAGAAGAGGAAGAGAGCCAGCCUGCCUCCAGAAGGGAUCUGUAACAUGACGAUGGACUCCAACUCAAUGACAAUGCCCAUGUCAGACCCCAACGCCUGGGCAACAGCCAUGAACAACCUGGGGAUGCCUCCCAUUGGAAUGACUGGACAGCAACUCAUGCCAGAUUUUGAUCCCAACCUUGGUAUGAUGGCUGGCAUUAGCCCCCUGAAUCCUAUGAUGCCCGGCCUCGGUAUGGUGCCCGCACCGCUCUCCCAGGAUGUGCCACUUAUCAAGGAGAUCAUCCACUCCAAGAGCUGCACCCUGUUCCCCCCCAACCCCAACCUGCCCCCUCCAGCCACAAGAGACCGCCCUCCAGGGUGUAAGACGGUGUUUGUCGGUGGUCUGCCAGAGAACGCCACAGAGCAGCUCAUCAUGGAGGUCUUCGGACAGUGUGGUGAUAUCACCGCCAUACGCAAAAGCAAGAAAAACUUCUGCCAUAUCAGAUUUGCUGAAGAGUUUACUGUGGACAAGGCUCUCUUCCUGUCAGGUUAUCGUGUCCGCUUGGGCUCCAGCACAGACAAAAAAGACACUGGCCGUCUCCAUGUGGACUUCGCCCAGGCCAGAGACGACCUCUAUGAGUGGGAGUGUCGGCAGCGCAUGUUGGCGAGAGAGGAGAGGCACCGGCGCAAGAUGGAGGAGGACCGCCUUCGGCCGCCCUCCCCUCCUCCCAUCGUCCACUACUCUGAGCACGAGUGCAGCCAGCUGGGAGACAAGAUCAAAGAUGACGGCAAGUUUGCUGAAGCAGUGCGUGUGCUCUUGACCUGGUUGGAACGUGGUGAAGUCAAUCGCAGGAACGCCAACAACUUCUACUCCAUGAUCCAGUCCUCCAACGGCCACAUCCGCCGGCUGACGAGCGAGAAGAGUCAGCAUGAGAAGGAGAUGGAAGAGGCCAAAGACAAGUUCAAGACCGCUCUGGCCGGCAUAGUGGCUCAAUUUGAACAGAUUGUGUCUGUAUUCCAAGCUGCUUCCAAACAAAAGGCAUGGGACCAUUUCUCCAAAGCUCAGCGCAAGAACCUGGACAUGUGGCGCAAACAAGCAGAGGAGAUUAGAAACAUGCACAACGAGCAACUGAUGGGCAUCAGGCGAGAAGAGGAGAUGGAGAUGUCUGAUGAUGACAUGGAGGAGGACGCCCCUGACAGCAAGGACUCCGAGGACUCAGGUGUUUCCCAAGCAGAGGCCUUAAAGGAGGAGAAUGACUCCCUGCGCUGCCAGCUGGACGCCUACAGGAACGAGGUGGAGCUGCUCAAACAAGAACAGGGCAAGAACCAACCCAUCAGGAGUGAGGAGGACAACACACACUCUCAGCAGCUCAGCUUCCUGCAGCAGGCUCUGCAGGGCAUGCAGAAGCAACUGUUAAAAAUGAGGGAAGAAUUAAAACAGCGGGAGGCAGAGCUGGAGAAGAGUUUGGAGGACAAACAGCAGCUGAAGAACCAAGUCCAGAACCUGAAGGAAGGACUCCAGAAUCUGCAAAACACACACACAAUGCAGCUGGAGAUGUCGAAGCAAGCUGACAGAGGCAGCGAGGAGAGCGCUAAUCAAACCAGUGAAGCCACAGUGGUGUCUUGCAGUCAGGAGAAGGAAGGUCCCACAGAGAAGAAUCCACCGAGUCCUGUCCACUCCGAGAGGGAAGCUCUGCUAGUUGGGAUCAUUUCGACGUUCCUGCACGUCCACCCGUUCGGAGCCAGCAUCGAGUACAUCUGUUCCUACCUGCAGCGUUUGGACACCAAGAUUAACCCCAGUGAGGUGGAGGCUCUUCUUUCUCGGCUACCCUGCACCUUCAGACAGGAGCUGACUGGUGUCGGAGCCAGUUUGGAGAAACGCUGGAACUUCUGCGGCUUCCAGGGUAUCAAGAGCACAUAGACUCUGCUGGUGACACUUCUGGGACAUGGAAGAGACGACAGGCAAACGAGGCCACAUAAGGGACACUGUAGAGAUUUGACAGACACAGAAUAAAGCCUACAAAUAUCAAAAACAGUGGACUGUACCUGACUGUACCUGACUGUACAAGGACACAGAAGACUGAGCACAGAUCUCACAUCAGGAAGGAAUGUUACAUGAGCAUUUCAGAGACUCUGUGUAGGUGGCAGAUACAUUAAAAAGCCCAGCAUUUCCAUGGUUACAGGAAUGUUGACAACCAAACCACGGUGACAAAGUCUUCAUAAGCUUCAACUCUCAGUUUCUCAGUGUCUGCAAAAUAUUUUUAGACAUAACGACUCUCUGGGAGUCACAGAAGAGCACCGAUUCCUACAGUCACUGGAUUAUUAGGUAGUUAUCGACCGCAUGGGCAGGGUAUUGUACUUUCUGAGCCUGCAGUUGGCUCUGUAUGGUGUCCGUGUGGGCCAGGACUACAGGGCUAACCAAGGAGGCUAAUCAGGGUCUAACUGAACACUUCAAACCUCCGAACCCUUUGGCCUCCCUCUCUUCUCUUUUUGCUGUUCCUGGUUUGUAACAUAGAUCAAAAUGGAUAUAUUUCUUCAUUUUCUGUAAAGGCUGUUAACAGUUGCAUAGAAUCAUUUGUUGUAAUACACUGUAAAUGCUUGGAUGAUAUUUUUGAUUAUAAAAAGACAUUUUUGAGUAUAUAAAAA